AAUGGACAAGAAGUUGUGACGUUUUGGGAUUGAUAUGGUAGCCAUGGCUGAGGGCUGAAAGGGGUGUGCGAGGGGCGCGGGGAAGUGUUGGGGCAGCUAAAGCCUUUCCAGGUCUACUACGUUAGUACCGACGCGGCGGCCGAGGUGGAGGCACGCAUGGCGCGCUCGGCGACCACCGUGUGCUUUUCGAUUAUUUUAAAGCGAGAAUAUUUAUAAAUUAACUAUACAAAACCGUGUUUAAAUGUCAAUUAUGUACGCGUGAACGAAACAUAUCAUACACAAGGUAUAUUUAACUGUAGUAGUGUAAUGUGAAUACCGAUGAAGACGAGCGAUGUUUGGGAGGAAAGGGAAGAGACGGCGAUGAGGGUUAUGUGGGUGUUGCUGGUGGUGGGGAUGGUGGGGGGAGUGGGGGGCAGCGAGUUCCCGGAGAGGGAGUGCUGUGACCCGGUGUACCCGCCGAACACAGCGACGACCGCGGCGGCGCCGGUCACGAUUCCUGUCAGCAAGGCGGCAGGGCCGUACAUAGGGGAGAAAGGAGUACCCGGAGUGAAGGCGAUGGCGAUCCUCAACUGCCUGCUGGCCCGCCAGCUGUGCUUCGAGGACGCCUCGUGCUCCGCCAUCCUUGAGAUCAUUCCGCGUGUUUGUGGCUCCGAACUUGUGGCAUGCUCGACGGUGACGGUGACCAAGUGCCAGGCGGCUCUGCGGACUCUGCAGGCGUUCCCGUUCUUCAAGCCGACCUGCCUCUGCCGCGAGCCGAACGUGGACCCGGAAUGCAACUCCUUCCGCGACUUCCUGUUUGAUCAUCCCUGUGUCUUCGUCAUGAAGAAGGAGAAAGACCCCUACCCCGUGGAAACCCUGCCAACCUGCACCUACGCCCUGAGUGUCUGCCACAACGAGAAAGCCUGCUCCGUACUGUUUGACCGCUUCAAGAACGCAUGCAAGGCCCGCGAUGGGGAAUGUCGUAUGGAAGACCGCGAGGCCUGCCGCGAGGCCUGGGCCGGCCUCCGCCUGUCCCCCCUCUUCGGCUGCAUCUGCCCCAACACGCACAUGAAGAAGCGCUGCGACCGCAUCUUCGCCGUCGUCAACCACAACCCCUGUGUCGUAAAACUGAUGUCGGACGGCCGGAACCCGAACCGGACGGGGGCCGGCGUGACCUCGUGGAUCGGGGGUAUGUCCAUAACACAGGAUGGAAACCUGAUCGCCCCCGACAAAAUAAUGAGCCACGUCCACCGAUACGCGAGCCCCCACUACAACCCCCACGGACACCAUUACCACCGCUGGAACCACGAGCCAGGGGGGAGUGAAGAUCCGCUAUACGCCACAAAGACCGUCUAUGGACCAGGAUAUAUUGAUGAGAACCAGAGGAUUGGCAAAGAGAACGGUAAAGCAGGUGACGACAAGGUGGCGCUCCAGUCGACCUGCCACGUGGCCCUGGAGACCUGCAUCAAGGACAACGAGUGCUCCACGACCCUGGACCCUGUGCUGCAGAACUGCCACGCGACCAACUGCGACCGGGAGGGCUGCAUGGCGGCGCUGAGGGGAUUCUAUAGGAAGCCUGGGGUCCAUUGGAACACAGAGAUCGCCUUUUGUCUGUGCAAGAAAACGGAUAACAAAGAGGACUCGUGCAUGCGUGCCCAAGAGCAGCUCCAUCCGUCUUGCGCUCAACGCCCACCCUCGGGACAACCGCUGCCAGCCUGCCAUACUCUCGCCCAUGCCUGCCGCGAGGAACCCGAGUGCAGAUCCCGCUUAGAAAACUACGAGCAAUGGUGCGCCGUGGACGCCGUGACGCAAGGCUGUGCCGGCGCGCCCGCGGCCUGCCGCGCCGCCGUGCUAGCCGUGCUCGGGACUCAACUGCGGGCCGCUUGCGCGUGCAGGGGGACGGACUUCGCGCAGCUAUAUGAUUGUCUCGGGUGGCAGAGGCUGCUGUGGCUGAAUCCUUGCGUCGUGGAGUCACAGAGCGACUACCACGUGAAAACCUACGGCAACAUGAUCACCACCUCGCUCUACGACGACGGCAUCAUCACCGUGGCACCCGCGCCAGCCAUACACCACACCACUAACCACCACCGCCACACGACCCACGUGGCGCAGGUCAUUCCUCCCCAAUCCCAGGACAACCGCCUCAGCCCGAUCACCACCCGCUCCGACCAGACCAUCCGCCCCGAAAUCCCCGAAGAGAUCUCCGAGCCCGUCGCCCCUGUCAUCAUUGAGACCACCGAGGCCACCACCACUACCACAACGACCACUACCACUACCACUACGACUACUACUACUACGACUACGACGACGCCGCGACCGACGACGACGCUGGAGCCGACGAAGUAUUGUAUUGUGAAAAAGCCGGAGAGCGAUGAUGAGGCACAGUAUAUUAAGAUGGGAGAGACGAGGAGGCUGUACCGCUCCGCCGAGCUCGCCGAGUGCACGGACCUGUGCGUGUGCGAGCACAGCCUGCAGGUGUCGUGCAAGGUGGCGUGCGUGCCUCGCGCGCCGUGCUCCUCGCGCCUCGCACACUACUCGCACGCCGCGCCGGCCUACCAGGCUUACAGAGGCCGAUGCUAUUGCUACUCGGGCUCAUUUAUCUGCAUGAGGCCUAAUCCUGGAGAAUACAAGCUCCCCGAAGGCGUGUACCUGCUGCUCGGGUUCAGCUCGGUGGACGAAGCCCUCCUGCGACCGCACACCGGGCUCGGGGCCGAGGAUGCUGUCAGGUUGCUGCAGAGCUACUUACACACGGUGCAGCGAGAGACGAACUGCACCUUGACGUUGUUCAACAUCAGCAACGAGAACGUCAUCAUUUCGGCCAGCAUCCCCGCCAAGGAGCAAGAUGCGCUCAAAGAAGCUGGGGAGCCCUUGCUUGACAAGGAAAAGGAGGAGUGCAUCGACGUCCUAAAGAUCGUCAAAGCGCGCAUCAACUCCCAGCACGAGGACAUCUCCUCGCACCUGCUGCUCUCCAUCUUCAAGAUCGCGGAGGUGGACGUGGUGUACCCCGCCCCGCCCAGCUCCGCCAUCGCCGCCACCAGGCCCAUCAGAAACCUCUACAUCUUCAUCACCCUCGCCACUAUCCUCCUCAACCUCAACGGUAUCCUCGACAUUAUCAUUAUUAAGAUCGUCAAUUCUUUGUCGAAUUUAUUCGAGAUUGCUACAUCGGGCGUUCCAGACAAAUUAUUUUCGGAUUUUAUACGUACUUUAAAGGGUGUUAGCACUGUAGCAGUUGUAAAAUACAUUGGUAUUCCGCACCGCGCACUCGCUUUAGGUAUCGCACCGAAACACGAUGAAAAAGUAGGAGUAAGUUAUAUAAAUGUACAUAAUUAUAAGGAAAUAAAACAUAUCAUAAAAGCUGUGAGUAUUACAAUAUUUACUAAUUUUAAUGUACUUGUUGCUGAUGUAAUUAUACCUAAAUAUUUUUCUAGAGAUGUGUAUUACGAAAUUGUAUGUACUAUUGAUUCGGAGAUGCUUUUUGGUGAUUUUAGUUUUGGAAAAAUCGCGUCCUCUUCUUAUGGGAUUGUAAAAUCCGUUAGCUUAGGACUGAAUCUAGUAGUAGUAUGAAGACUGAGCAGUACUAACGUAUAGUUAAAUGUAUUUGGUUUCGUUUCGACUUAGAACUGGUGCUUGUAGGUCGAUCUUUAAGGCUGGGUUUUGUAAAUAGGAGUUAUUGCGCCUUUUACACUGUUAGACGUUCGUUCCACGCUGACGCAUGCGGGGGAGCUUCAGACAAGGUGGAUGUUAAACGUAUUAAAAAUAUAUUAAAGAAACAACUCAAUGCUCGCCUUAACUAAACUAAAAAUAAAUCUGAAGGAGAAUACUUAGAUACGCUACGGAGAAAGAAGUUCAAACUGAAUAAGUCUCUUUGUGCUACAGUCGCAAUGGUGCAAAAUUCUGAACAUGGACUUUAACGCCUUGACAAUAGAGGCGUGUUCACUUAUUUGUAGGCACCUUGGCCGCUCCAAUAUAUUUGAUGGCGACUGUACAAACCGGUAGACAAAUAAUCAACAAACCAGUUAUAUUUCGAAACAAAAUCUAAAAAUCCACAUUUAGAACUCGUGCAUUACCAUUACAUAUUCUAACCGUUCGCAAUUUAAAAUAGAAUGGUUAAAAGGUUAAAAUUAAACUACAUUGAUUAUUAUUCAGUAAAUACUGUUGUUGUUUCUAUUUAUGGAAUCAUAUUGGUCAUACAUUUACAUAAAUACAAGACAUGAAUAUAAUUAAAAGCACAGAGUUCUAACUCUAGAACAAAAGUAAACUGUUUCUUGGUACCCCUUGUCUGUGGCUCUAAGCCCGCAAAUUCUUUCAACAGUAAAGUAGUACCAUUUGUAGUGGUUGAUAUGCCUUUCUGUCUAUGACUGUGUAGCAUUCAUGUCUAUAUGUACGCACUUAGCACGGAGUGUGCAAUGUUUGACAUAAUAUUUAUACCAUUGUAUAAUAUUUGAGAAAUUGUUGACUUAAAUUAUGUAUAAUUCAGAAUAUAAUCAGAUAUGAGCCUACAUUAGUAUGCAUCAUAAUUAUACUUCAAGCAAGUUAAACUGAGGAAUACACAAACAUUAGUAUGAAUUCUUUUUUGGAGUCUUAUCUUUGUAAAACAAUUCCCGACGUAACAAAUAUGAACCAAGACCUUUGUCGAGAUUAUAAUGACAAAGAAGCAGCAUAUAUUACAAUUUUGGCCCCAGUAAACAGGCUCAUUUACUUUACGUACAGUUGCAUGUACUGUACUGUGAAGGUUGGAAACGUUUCAGUCUCGUGAUAGAUAACUGGCAACGAUUAUUUGAAUUCAGAACUAUUGCCCUGCUGAAGGAAUAAAGAUCUGCAGGCAAUUUCAUUCGGAAAGUGGCAAACAGCAACGAUAGUCGAUAUUUCUGUUAUUAGAUUGAUGAAAAAAUAUUAAUAUAGAUAUAUCAGAAAUGUACCUGGAGCGUGUAAAUGUAUCUCUUUUAUAGUACGAACUUAAUAGAGAUACAGAAAUUUGCAUAAAGUAUUUGCAGAUAUAAGUUUGCAUGCCCCAAAAUUCUACACAGUGUACGCUGUACAAAUUUAACUUACAACGUCAUACGCGAAUAAUAUGUCGGUAAGAAAAAUCGUGAAUCUUGAAACUAUGCGAAUAUAUAUACCUAUAGUAUAAAAAAGUUAUGUCAAAUGCUGCAUCCCUCUUAGCAUGCGACGGACAAGCCGAGCAACACCCCGGCACGCGCGAAGUGAGUGUCGUGCAUUUUAUAAAAAAGCAAUAAUAGGAAAAUGUAGGGUGAUGUCGAUUAAUUUUGAGACAGAAGUUUAAAAACACUCGUUCUUUUGAUUUGUUCCAAUUAGACGUUUUAUAUUUGUUCAUUCGAAAUCACUAAAUUCGUUGACUGGUUAAAUUCGUUGACCUUUUCCUGCGCUGACAGCAUUUCUUCCCAAUUAUUAAUUAGAUGAAUACUUUUAACCUUCUGCAUUCUACCUCGCGUUAUUGAUAAAAUGCUUACACCAAGAUCAUAUGAAAUAACCUAAUGAAAGUUAACAUUUAAACACAUUAAAGUUGAAAAUAAAUCAAUGUACCUUUUAUUCAAAUUAAAUUUGAAGUAAAAUUGCAAAAAAAUACAAAAAUAACUAACAGCAAUUGGUAGGUCUGACUUCUUUGUAGUAAUCUUAAUGAAUUGUCAUUUAACACCGUUAACAAUGCAGUAUAAAUGGUUUUAAUGAUUUUGAAUGAACAAUUUAGAGAAACACCUUUUUGUCAGAACUUGGUGCCGGUUGCCGUGGUUUGUCCGCGAUUAGGCGAACAUGCUGGUGAAGGCUUGUGUGAACCGACUACUAUAUAUUAGACGAAACUGUAUCUAAAAUUGUUAUAAAUAUUUAUAUUCACAGAUGAAAGUACAGAAUGUGUAUGAGCGAAACUUAUGAAAAAUAAGCAUCAGGUUAAAAGGUUAAACUCUUUUCUUUCUAUUUUAUUAUCACAAUUGAAAAAUAUUAAUUGAUUUGUGGAAAAUUUAUUAUUGAUUAAUAAUUGUACACUGAUCGCGUAAAAAGAUUGUAUUAGGUGGGUACUUCAACAUUGUUUAUUAAAAAUAAAAACUGUAAUAAAAACUAUUUCGACCAAAAAACGCACAAUUGUAGUACAGUCAAGAGUAAAAAUAUGGGUCCACGCAACUUACUUUAAAAUCUGUUCCGUAUGGCUCUUAAUUCGCCGACAUAAAAGGUAUGGGACAUAGUUUUGAGCAACUUGUAUACACCCAUAUUUUUAUAAUUGACUGUACCUGAUAUUGAAUCACAAAUAAUUGUUUACGUCGAAAAACACGUUUACCAUGUUUGUAUGUUAACAUAUUCAAGUACUAUUUAAGUGUAUUAUGAUUGUCUUCAAUUUUGGAUAUUUUUAUAUGAAAUAAAAUGUAUCUUAUUAUAUUAACAAUUGUGUCAUCGGUUUACACAAGCCAGUCGUGUUUCAGGCACAACACAGCACGUACGAAUCGUGUUAAAUUGGUAAAGAAUGAAGCUUUAAUUUGGAGUAGACUAGAGUCUUGUGUUCUAAAAGAGUUUUAACGAAUAUUAGACAAGUGAUUAGACUAAAUGUGUUUAACUGUUUAGAUACUUGUUGUACAAAACUCUAAUAUUUUUUGGUUAGUUAUUUGUGUUUUUGUUUCUGUGACUUGUAGAUUUUCACUUAAGUUUACGGCAUGAAAGUGAAAUGUUUAAAAUUGUUGAUGAGUUAAUUUGAUUAAAUUAAAUAAUCAUAAUAGUGCAGUUUAGUUAAUAUUAAAGAUUGAGUGAGAAUUUUCGAUUACAUAUCAAUGUUCAGAAUUGUUAGUUCAGAAACUUUUGGAAUUUUGCGCUAAAAUUAUUAGAUGUCAGUUUUGUAUGUAAGGUGGACCUUUAAAUAUAGGGUAAAAACAGUGACUCUACUGUCAAUUAUUUGAAUGAACGGUAAUCGUAGAUUGUAACCUGUUUUCUCUUGGCAGGUAUAUAAGUAUCUAAAUAUAUCGCCGAUUUUUCUGAAAACGUAAAAAACGUGAUACAAAACAAGCAAUCAAAUAUAUAAAUAAAAUAAAAAUCAUUACACGUACAUAGUUAAAAUUGAUUAAACUAAUAUUUUCUUAUACCUCAAUCGCAAUUAUUUACCGCAUAAAGCGACGCGCACAUCAAACACGCUUGUUGUUAAACAUUUGUGAACCUUUUGACCGCAAUCUUAUUUUAUUUGUAAUCUAAGUUUAAAAAUUGUUAAAUAGCAAGAAUUUUUAAUACUAAAUUUACAUUGUUUGUAGUUGUAAUCCUGAACUAUUAACAUAAUGGUUAUUACGUCUUAUAAAAUAAUAAAAGUUUAUCUACUUUAUUUUAUAUUACAAAUCAUGAUAAGUGAAUUACGGUACGUUAAUUAUAUGUCGCUUGUAUGUGUUUCAUGAUAUUAUGUAAUCUAAAAAGAGCGCAUAAUCUUUUGAAAUUGUUUUGAACAACUUAGUGUUUAAUAAUAUAUUUAAACUUGGGCCCUGGCGUAAACCGCCAAAGUAAACAUACAUAUCAUUAAAAGUACACAAAAAUUUUGCGAAAUUGAUUCUAACGAUACAUAUCAAUAAAGCUCAAUUUUAUACCUAUUGUAUUUCUAGGGUUAGAUGUUGCAAAGCAAAACAUGGUGUACGUCUUUAUGUAGCUUAGAUUUUAGAAAAAAGGUAUAUUGAUAAUUUAAAAUGAAAUAUAGAAGAUAUUUCUAACAUAAAUGUUAUUGUUCUGUUGUAGAGUAAUGAAAAGUAUUGUCGUGUUUUUGUAUUGGCUAAAGUUUUGUAAUAUAAAAAUACUUACUCUGUUCUCCACAAUUCGAAAUCAUAAUCCGGAUCCAGGAAAAUAGAUUUUUUGUAACGACAAAACUUACUUUUUUAUUGUUUUUCAGUUAUUUAGGUAAAUGACGAUAUUUUCCUGGAUAUACUGAGGUAGGUAAAGAACUGUUCAGUGAAAAAACGUCCUUUUUUCUCAAAAUAUACGAAUGUUUAUGCACACGCCUCAUGCCUUCCAUGUAAAUAUUACAAAUAUAGAAAAUAGUUAAUAUUUUACGAACACUCGACGAAAUCCAAAGUUAUUUUAUAAAACGCUAUUAUUUAUGUAUAGAAUGCACAUUUGCUAAAUAGAUAACUUUAUAGAUUUACAAACAACACCUCAUUUUAUCCUAUUAUUACAUUUGGCAUAAGUGAAGGAAAAAACACAAAAUUUAUGUUUGACAUGUCUUUAAAAAAAACAUAAAGUUUCAAUAAUUUCAGAUAUAAAAAUAUGUAAUCUACCUAAUCAAUUCAUGUCAGGCAUGUCUUGAAUUUUUCCCGUCAUCAAGCUAUAAUCGAUAAAAAAUAACUAUAAAAAGGUAUGUCAGGUUUUAUAAUAAAAAUUUCUGAUUUUUUCCUUUACUUAGGUAUACCAAAAUAAAAUAUUCCCUACAUAGAUAAAUUUAACAUUCUCAAAACAUCAUCUUACAUAUAACUAUUUUUGAAAGUAUUUCUGUACAGUUGUAGGCAUUUUUUUAUAACCUUUACUUUACAAGUAGCACCAAAAUGGAAUUUGAAGAAUAAAAAAAAUUGUUUAACGUUAUUUCAGUUCCAUGUUGCUAUGUCGCUUUUAAUAAAUGUGUAUUAGUCAAAUUACUCUGCAGCGACAAAUGUAGUAUAAAUUACAAUUAAAUGUAUAGAAAAUUGCUAUUAAUUUUGUAGACGAAUUUUAAUUUCGGUUCAAGAGAUAUAAUACGUAUAUUGUUUUAUUUGACCGUUUCACCUUUUAGUAAUUUAAUUUGCCAGUAAUUAAUUUGAAUAAGAAAAGGUUUUUACACAUCGGCUACAUCAGACCGACAAAUAUCUGUUUCACCCAGAAUUGCUGCUAAUUAAUAAUAAAUCUUAAAAUCGUUACGCAUAGUUACGCGCCGUGUGCUGAGUGCCUAAAGGCAGCUAAACUUGCCUCCAGAAUCAGGCGAACUAAAUUGACAUGAGAUUGACAGAUACAAUGAUUCCAGGAAUAAAGAAAAAAUAGUCACGAGUAUAUGUCGAUGAAAUUAUAUCGAUAAGAAAGAUAUUGCAAUUACUCCCCAUGUGAUAAUUAUAAAGGGGUCACAAAUGAUUUAGAUUUAUGAAUGUCACGAAAAAGUGGUUGAUUCGAUAGUAAAAUGCCAAAUUUCGAUGUUAUGCAGGUUUGGGGGCAAAUUGUUUAUUUCAAGAGCUUGGUUGUCGCUAUAAAUCUAAAAUUGGUGAUUUAAUCUUGUACACGUGGCCGUUAGAUGAGAUUGAUGCAUAUUAAAAAAAUAAAACGCUACAUAAUGUUAUAUAAAUUAAAUGUUGAUUUAAUUGUCAACUUGAAUGUCCAGUUUGGGAACUAGUCUCUACUAGCGAAGCAACCGAGACGAUUUAAUUUAGAUAUGCAUCCACACCACACAAUGUAAUUGAGAAAUUAAUCAGAUUAGGCAAAAAAUUGCCCCGCUGUGUUAUUAUUUUUUUAAUUCCAAUAUAUUUUAUCCAAUAUCCUUGUUUCUACAUAAUUAUUUCUAACUACAUGCAACAAAAACUAUAAAAAUGCACAAUUUUCGAAGUACAGUCAGCGUCAAAUACUUUUUAGCAACCAAAGUAGCCAAAUAGGUUGGUACACCAUAUAUUUAGUAUGGUGUACCGAACUAUUUGGCCACUUUGACUGCUACAAAGUAUUUGACGCUGACUGUACCAACGAAUAUUUGUAAAAUAACAUACAAGAAUUACUUAAAGUAACAUUUGAAGUUUGAACUUGGUUUGAACUGACUGCACAACUGUAGCGCCCCUAGCGGUGAAUUCUCGCGAUAUUAUCUAAUUCAAACUUUUUUGAUAAUAUCGAUAUUAACAGUACUGGCCAAACUGUGCACAUUGACUCGAUAAUUUGGUUCGCCUGAUUUUGGAGGCAACUGUAGGUAGGUACUUUAUUUCAUUUUCUUUUUGGAUCUAUUUAGCUGUACUGUUUUGUUGUUUCAAUAAUUACUUCCCAGUUUUGUACGUCAUAACUUUUUUAGAUAAGAUUUUGUCUUAGAUACCCACUGAAAUUAUAAUAUACAUGUUUCUUGAACCGAAACUCAAAUAAUAUAAAAAAUGUGAAUACACAGCACAGUAGUGAUAUAUGCGUAACUGAGCUUCGACAGAGACAUUGUUUUAUACACUAUUACAUACAUACCUAAUUAUACAUAUUGUAUUGUUUACCCACUAUCCUUUCAGAGGUGGUUCUUAUGUCGACAUUUUGUUGUAGCUAAUAAAGAGAUUCAUAUAAAAUUA